AUGUCUCUGGUUGCUAAUCUAGACCAGAUCAAGCCUUCGUUCCGUUCGCUAGUCAGCAUUCUGCAUUAUGGAAUUGUCAUCAUCCGUUCGUUCACUUUUGCUAUUCCGUUCUUGUUGGAUUGGGAUCCUCACCUUACGACGAUCACGGCGCUCUCGCUCAGCGCGUCGGGUUCACAUCGCGCCAGCGCCUUUACAUCGUUCAACAAGGUCAAGUGGGCAUUGAUCUGUGGUGAUCGCAUUCAGAGGGGACCAGAUACUGCGCCGCCGUCAGAAGAAAGUUUUAUCUGCCCAUGGUGCAACGUCGGAUCUUUGAAAAAGCCUGCCACUUUCAUGGAGCACUUGGCUCACCGCCGCCGUGACGAGGUGCUGGAGCGUUUCCACGAGGGUUUAGACGAGCCGGGGAAAUUAGAAUAUCGAUACGGUCCUGGUCGAGGGAAUGAUCGCAAAGGCAACUACAAGGAGGGGCGCAUCAUAGGCGAAUUGCACAUCUUCGUCAGCGGGGCGUUCACCGGUCACAUCGUCUCAGCUCGACGUUGUUUGGAACGCGAUGUUGCCAGGCCACCACAUCAGGGUCUUUGCUCACUGGAGCCACUCAUAUCAGAAGAGUACGACCUGUUGGUACUCGUGACAUCGCUUGGGUAUCCACGACCCUCAGGCCUUGUCGGGAUAGGAGCUUUUUUCACAAAUCGACUAGCGCCUGAGAUCUCGAAUCCCAGGCUCAUAGCCCUCUUUUGCUCGGCUUGCGCCCAACAGGCGCAGCCGAAUGCAGAAGCGCUUAAUCACCCGUGCAGGGCGAAGACGAUAUGCUGCCAUGACCUCCCUCGCGUAAACCAUCUCCUUCGAAUUAUAUCGCGGGGACCUUGUCCUGACCUCCAACACUCCCAAUUGGCCCUGAAUCUCCUGCUAAGCGUUAGCUCGGAGAGGAUCCUGUCCAUUGAAACACUAUGUCAUCCCCUACUGCGGUCAAAUGAACUCGGUGGUCACGUUCAACAAAUGAACGACGGCGUUGAAGCUACAGCGACUGAAAAAUUGGCCGAAGAUUCGAGGAAGAGGGGGGAAGACCUGGAGCAAGGCGCAUCUAAUCUCACGUUGAGUGACUUGGCAGAGCAUGACGCAGCGUUGAGCGCGGGUGGGGGAGUCGUGUUUUCAGCCAAGUGUAUUCAGAAAACGGAAGUGAACGAUUUAAUUCGUUAUAGUCAAAACGCCUCGGCGACUACAAGUCUUCAGGUUUUGGGAGCAUUCAUGCUAUGCCCUGUCCACAACUGUCUCUUUCGAGCUUUGGAUUCCGGCAUGAAGAGAAACGGAAUUACAGCGUGGAGUAAAUGGACUGAAUGGAGAGAGGCGGUCCGGACGCACUUGGAGGGGGAUCCUUCGUGGGGAUAUCCGAAGGUUGAAGCGGCGAUGCGGGAGCGUGUCCGAGCAGCGGCGCUGAACAGCUUCGGACGGCGGUCUACCAUCAGUGUGGUAGAGAUCGACCUAGUCGAGCUCUUCUUACGAUCAAUGUGUAUAUCGUGUUUGGUCGACGCCCUCGAUGGCUCCCAAGCCGUUCUCGUAAGGUAG